AAUCGAAAAAUCUGAGAGUUUUUUCAUUGAACAAAAGGUUGUUGCAAUACGUUCAUACACUCGAGCGUUACACAUUGCCGAGGAAGUUCUACGGCAAAACUACAACGCGCAUACACAAUUAACUGUUGAAUCACAAGCUCAACUAUAGCGUGAGAUCCUAAAUAUAUACAGGGUGUUCGGGAUAAUUUUGACAGUUACAUUUUUGUAUUUAACUCGUGAUCGAGUUGGCAUAGGAAAACAAGCAAUACGUCAUUCGAAAGCUAAAAGUGUACGGAACAAGCAACGAAAACAUCCCGUGAUAAAAAAAUGCCAAAAAAUAGUACAUUGUGGAAGCGGAUCACAUGCAUCAUGAUGAUCCGCGCCGGACGCGACAACCGCGACAUCAUGCAGUGCGUGCAGUGUUCGCUGAACACGGUGAAGGCGAUCCGGAGUAAGCUGGGAGAAAACAGCGAGGACGACGAAGCAGUGGCAGCACGAAAACCACAUUCUCAGCGGCGGGAUUGCGUGCGGACCGACGCUUUCCUGGCUGACCUCCAGGUGUUUUCCUGCGUGUUAUCGGAAGGGGACGUGAUGCCGCCCCACUUUUUCGAGCAGGGUCUGAGGCUGAACGCGGACGGGUACAUUUCCAUGCUGGACACCGUCGUGAAGCCUUGGAUCACGAGAGUGGCCAACGGCAGACCGUACGUGUUCCAGCGGGAUUCCGCUCCGUGCCAUACAGGCUCCAAAACGAUAAAGUGGUUGGUGGCCAAUUUCAAAGACUUCACCACGCCGAAUGUGUGGCCUCCCAGCUCCCCGGAACUUAAUACAAUGGAUUAUUUUGUGUGGGGCGUGGUGGAACGGGACACCAACAGAACCUCCAGCAACACCAAGGCGGAGCUGAUGGCGAAAAUCAGGUCCGUUUUCGCGGCCCUAACCCGCGAAACUGUCGCCAGGGCUUGUUCCCGGUUCCGGAGACGGGUGGAGGCCGUAAUAGAAGCCGAGGGCGGAUAUAUUGAAUAAAAUGAAUGAA